GAUUCCCCGCCUUCUUUUUCGACUAUAUAAGCCAACUUUUGGCUGUCACUCUAGUGAGAAGCAAUAUUUCAUACGAGAGAUAAUCUCCAGAGGGUACUUUCUUGUUGCGAAAAAAAAUAUCAUCCAAAUGCUUCCGUUCACCCUCGUCACCCUCAUCGCGGUCUGCGCGGCUGCCCCGCUUUCCGAGGAGCCGAUUCAAAUAAUCAACCAAACGCAGGACGGUCCCAACCCGGACGGAAGCUUCAACAGCGCUUUUGAAACCGGAAAUGGUAUCCAGUCCCAGCAACAAGGUUCUCUGAAGCAGAUUGAUGCCGAUACUUUCGUUCAGGUCAUUCGGGGCACCGUUGUCUGGCCAUCACCCGACGGCAGCUCCAUUCAGCUCACCUACGUCGCUGACGAGAAAGGGUAUCAGCCCCAGGGCAACGCCAUUCCAGUCCCUCCUCCCAUCCCCGUGGGAAUCCAAAGGGGUCUCGAUUUCAUCGCUGCCCAUCCUCCUCCUCCUCCUCCUCCUCCUCCUCUUCCACCUCUACCGGAAUCCGCGGAGAGCUGAACUCGUUAGAACGACGAAACGAAAGGUUAAUUUCUGACGGGGUUCGAGCUGUUCGCCUUCGAUUUUUUACUCACUUUCAGACUGCAGUUACCAGUAUUAUUUGUCAUUGUUGUUGUUAUCGGAUAUGCUCGGACUUUAUAUGUACAGAUAUUUGGAACGAAUGAAUAGUAAAUUUUUUCCACCGUAA